CCUCAAGGCCAGCAUCAGUGCCUGUAGGACCAGGAAACCGAAAGAUGGCCUUCAAGCUCACUGUGCCUUUCCGGUGUCCCCUGGAGGCAGAGAUAGCCCGCAGGUCGGUGGACCAGGAUGAGCCACACCAGCUGCAGGCAGUUCGGAAGGAGUUCAAAGUGAAGGGCAGCAUCCUGGCUGUCCGAUGGACUGCCGAAGACCCUGAUCUCCUCCGAGUGUCCGUCAGCACCUUCCUGGAAAAGCUUUCCGUGGUGAUGGGGAACAUUCAGCGCAUUUGGCCUCUUUUUCCACCGGGUCUCAGCCAGGAAAGGGGGUCUGGGGCCUCACCCCGUGACCCCUCCUAGGCAAUGCACAGGGAAUUCAUUCCUGGAGGAGCCCCACGCCACUCUCUUCCUGGGGCCUCACUGUUUGCCCAUGUUGGGUUGGCAUUUGG